AGGUGGUCCAGCGAUGGCAGUGGUUCUUUGCAUGCAUGGUUCUUUGGUUCAAGAGCCAAGUGGUAGUAGUUUCCGGGUUAUCUGGGGGUUACACACACAGGGGACAGAAACGUGAAAAGCUUCAAAAUGCUGCUAAGGAGAGUGUUUCACAUAGGAGGCUUGACGCUGAAACACAGCAGGUCCAUCCAUCACAGUCCUGCAUGGAGGAGUCCGCUCAUCCCCAUCGUGGUGGAGCAGACGGGGAGAGGAGAAAGAGCGUACGAUAUCUACUCCCGCCUCCUGAGAGAGAGGAUCAUCUGUCUAAUGGGUCCUAUCGAUGACAAUGUAGCCAGCGUGGUUAUCGCCCAGCUGCUCUUCCUACAGUCAGAGAGCAACAACAAACCCAUCCACAUGUACAUCAACAGUCCUGGUGGUGUGGUGACAGCGGGCCUGGCCAUCUAUGACACCAUGCAGUACAUCCUGAACCCCAUCUCCACCUGGUGCGUGGGCCAGGCUGCCAGCAUGGGCAGCCUGCUGCUGGCAGCGGGCACGGCAGGCAUGAGACAUUCACUGCCCAACGCCCGCAUCAUGUUGCACCAGCCCUCAGGGGGCGCCAGGGGUCAGGCCACAGACAUCGCCAUCCAGGCUGAGGAGAUCCUGAAGCUGAAGAAACAGAUCAACCAAAUCUACGCCAAACACACGGGCCAGCUGCUGCAGACCAUCAACGGGGUUAUGGAGCGGGACCGCUACAUGAGCCCGGUGGAGGCGCAGGACUUCGGCAUCAUCGACCGGGUGCUGGUCCACCCCCCCCAGGCCGGACAGGACGAGCCCGAGCUGGUGCAGAAAGAGCCGGCAGCCAGCCCCCCCCCACAUGCAGAGUGUGCAGCCUCUGAGCAGCCCCUCCCUGGGACCCCCUCCUCACACAAACCAGAGCCAUGACAACUCAAUAGAGUCGAAUAACAAAUGAUCAGUGUUACAAUGUAAGUCGGGGAAGGGGUUCUGUAAGGACUAUAAUGGACCUGUUUCAAAUGUCAUAUUUGUAAUAAACGUUAUCAUUUUGACCUUCUUGUUCCAUGAUCGUCUCAAAUGAAUAUGGAGAUGUCAUUAUACAAAAGUGAAAAAUAAUAUAUUUGAGAUCACAGUGACUGCAGGCACAGGAAGUGGAACCCUCUGACCUUCAUUUAGGCAGGUUUUUCACUGCUUUUUAGUACUUUUCCAGGAAAACACAUUUUACUCGAGUAUGCUUUUUGAUGAGUGUUGUUAUUUUUAUGACUGAAAGCCCCGAUCAGUCAAAUGGAAUCAAAAGUAAUGUUAUCAUAGCUCUGUAUUUUAAUGAAGCUAAAGGGUUCGGGAGCUGUUGAAAAUGUUUUUACAGAUGUCCUCAGUCAGGUCGUGUAGCAAAUUACUACAGAUUACUCCUCAUAUUAAUAUCUCUGAGUCAUCAUAAAAAGGAAUAUAUUUGAAAAGGGGAGUCAAAUUGACAUGUCAUUUAAAGUGCCAGGUCACUGUAAGAAGUGUGUAGCAAAUGAUAAGCUCCCUGUGUAAAUGCUCUGUAUUCAUAUUAAACAGGUCGACUGAAAUAAAGCACUACCUUAAAGUACCAAA